GCCGAGCAUGCGCAGAGUGUCGCAGCUAACCACAUCAGAAACCAAUCCAUAAACGUGUUUACGGAAUUUAAAUUAAACAACAGCGAGAGUUUUCAAGGAAAGAGAAGCUUCCUGUGAAGAGUACAGGGAUGAAGUUCCCUGUGGAUCUCCUGGCUGAUGUUAGCCACACAGAACUGGAGCGGCUGGCCCACACCUACAUGAACAACCUUCUUUACAGCAACCCGGAUGCUCCUGAACACCUCACCCUCCCUGACUCCACCCAGGUCACCAUCAACAUUUGCAGUGUGGGCUUCGUCCCUCUGUAUGGAUCCAGUGAUAAGCAGAAGGUCCUGGCCCUCUUCUCUCCCACUGAGCCGCUAACUGCUGUGGCUCUGUACCUGCUGGACCAGUGGUGGCCCGUGGAUGACAUCCUCAAGACAGCAGACCCUGCUCGGGAUGGAGCGGUGGAGGUGGAGACAGUAGGAGAGAGAAUAGUUCUGUACAUCCUUAACCGUGUGGUCUAUAGAGCCAGAGAGAUGAGCUCUGAAGAGCUGCCCUUCCUCUGCCACGGAGAAAAAGAUCACGCCAAAAUCCUCUGGAGUAACGGAGAGGCUGUGGGCUUCUACUCAGUCAAACCCUCAGGCAGCUUUUCUAAUUCGUUUGCCACCAGAAGCUAUCAGCUCCCUGUGAUGGACUCCAUCUUUGUGAGGAGAUGUCAGCGUGGGAAAGGCUUUGGCCUGCAGAUGCUGGAGGACUUUGUGCUCAGUUUCAAAGAGGACUGUCUGGGGUUGAGGUACCCCCUCACAAAAUCCAUGUAUAAAGUGUGUGAGAAGUACCUGAGGCAGUUCCCAGGAGACACAGACCUGCUGUGGGAGGUGGAGAGCGUCGGUGGGCCCAACCAGAGGACCAACAUGGCCAGCAAGAUCCAGGCCAUGGAUCACAGCGCAGUAUCCAGGAGUCUGUCCUUCACAGAGGAAUCACUUGUGAUUACUGAGAUGACUGAGAAGGAUGUGGUCAUCACCACUCAAAUAAAAGAAGCUGAAUCCAUCGAAUGCACAGUUGAAAUCGUGGAGGAAGUGACAGUCCUGAGCACUACCAAAGCAGGUUCAGAGGCUGAAGUUCCACUCACAGCCCGGGGCCGGAGCAGUGGCUCAAAACGAAGGAAGACUGCAGAGGAAAAGGUUAUCAGAAUCGAGGACAUUGAAGCAGAAACCCCCAGAGAGGAGCAGGAGAAUGUCUCUGAGUCGAUGCAGACUAAGGCUGUCAGUGUGGCUCCUGAAGAACAGGGACAGGAUGUAGUUGACACUGCAGCCACCAAGUCGGAACAACCAGAUGCUGUCCUGAAGCCACAAGACCCUGAAACAGCUGAUGUGACAUCAGCUGCUACGACUGAGGAGGCACCAGCGGAAGCCGACGCCCCCCAGGAUCUGAACAACACCGCCCGGGACUCACAGAUCACAGUUGAGAAUGUGGCAUCAGAAUUGGAGGAAGAGUGUCCGGAGGAAGACACUGCAGUGCCGGCAGUCUCUAAAGAAGUGUUGGAGUUACACACAGAAGCAGAAACGCUGGAUAAAGUGGGGGAGGAAACUCAGAUCACUGAUGAAAAGUGGGAAGAAAGAGUUCCACAACACGAGGUAAGUCUGUCACCACGUGAAACAUCAGAGAAUGGCGAAGCAGGAAUAACAGGAGGAACAACUGUCCAGCGUAAAACCCCCAGACGGAGAUAUACACGCCACAGCAAGCCGGAGGAGGGGGUGAAGGAGGAAACUGCAGCCCAGGACGGAGGGAUAAGUUUGAGAAGAAGAACGGUCAUGAACACACCCACACCCAAACGCAAAUACACCAGACGCUGCCAGAAAGUCUGUGAAGACUCAGAGGAAGAGGUGGAAGAGGUGGCAGAGGAGAAUGACGUUUCGGCUGAAGGAGUGGAGGAGUUAGCUGAAACUGGAGAAGGAGUAAAAGAGGAUGCAGUUGAGCUGGAGGAAUUAAGAGAAGAAAAGCAACAGCUGGAAGAUGAACAACAACUGACAAAUGAAGAGAAGACGGAGAAACAACCAGAGGCGGAGGGGACUGCACUGACAGAGGAAGAGGAGGGUGAACAUGUAACGCAUGGAUCUGAGAGAGAAAAAGAAGCUGACCUGGGAGCAGGAGCUUCCACUGGGGGAGAGCAAGCACAUGAACAAGAGGAGGUCGCUGACAGGCCAGAAAAAGAGAUAUCCACCGAGGAACUAAGCGCUGUGGAAGAAGAGACGAUUCCAAAGGCAGAGGAAGCAGCAGGGGACGUUAUAGCUUCAACUGAGGGGAACGGGGAGGAGAGCAAGGACGAGACGGAGCCUGUCUCGGUGAUGGAAGCAGCAGAGGAGGGAGAGGCCGUCAGUGUCUCUGCUGCUGCAGAUACAGCUGUCAGAGACACUGCUGCUGAUGUAGAAACAGCAGUCAGAGACACUGCUGCUGAUGCAGAAACAGCUGUCAGAGACACUGCUGCUGAUGUAGAAACAGCAGUCAGAGACACUGCUGAUGUAGAAACAGCUGGCAGAGACACUGCUGCUGAUGUAGAAACAGCAGUCAGAGACACUGCUGAUGCAGAAACAGCUGGCAGAGACACUGCUGCUGAUGUAGAAACAGCUGGCAGAGACACUGCUGAUGCAGAAACAGCUGUCAGAGACACUGCUAAUGCAGAAACAGCAGUCAGAGACACUGCUGCUGAUGUAGAAACAGCUGGCAGAGACACUGCUGCUGUAGAAACAGCUGGCAGAGACACUGCUGCUGAUGUAGAAACAGCUGUCAGAGACACUGCUGCUGAUGUAGAAACAGCUGUCAGAGACACUGCUGAUGUAGAAACAGCAGUCAGAGACACUGCUGAUGCAGAAACAGCUGUCAGAGACACUGCUGCUGAUGUAGAAACAGCUGUCAGAGACACUGCUGAUGCAGAAACAGCAGUCAGAGACACUGCUGCUGAUGUAGAAACAGCAGUCAGAGACACUGCUGAUGCAGAAUCAGCUGUCAGAGACACUGCUGAUGCAGAAACAGCUGGCAGAGACAGUGCUGCUGAUGCAGAAACAGCUGGCAGAGACAGUGCUGCUGAUGUAGAAACAGCUGGCAGAGACACUGUUGCUGCUGCUGCAGAAACUGCCGUCAGACAGGCUGAAGAGCCUCAGGAAAAGGAAUCUGGCUCUGAAACCUCCAAGCUCCAGAAAGCCACCGUCAUCCUAGUGGACAUCAAAACAAGCUGCCAUUAUCUCAGUGUGAAGAAGGCAGACGAAACAUCUGCUGAUGCACAGAGUGCUGCUGCAGAAAAGCAACAGGAAGAGGAGGAUGGAGGGAAGCAGGAAGACAUUACAGACCUAUGUGUAGAGGUGAGUGCCGAGGCCCAGACUGCCGAGAAGGAAAAGCUUCAAGAAGACAACUCUGAAAAAGAGAAAGAAUCUGUGGAGGAAAAAAGUGAAGCAGAGGAAGCACUGGUUCCUGAAACAAGAGACAACACAGGUGAGGGUGUUAGUGAAGAAGCAGCAAGAGGCACUGAUGAGGUGGAGGCUGUGGCAAUCACACCGGAGGAGAAGCAGUCUGCAAAUGGAGAGCCAGAGGACGCUGACCAGAGUCCCCCAGCAGCCGAAGUGGACGAGACGGACAAGGCGAUGAGCUUGGAGGAGGAGGAAGCGCCAGUUGUUGAGACCAGAGCUCUGAGACGUAGAACAAAAACUAGCACAGCCACACCGAGACGCAAAACAAGAAGCAGAAAGCAAGUGGAUGCACAUGAAGCAGAAGAAGAACCAGCAGUGACUGCAAGAACACUGAGAGGUGGGAGGACAUCUGCAUCGCACACACCUAAAGGCAAAUCCAGGAGAGGCCGCAAACACAUCCAGGAAGAAGAGCGAAAGGGAGAAGAGGAAACGGGAGCAGAGGAGGAAGAGGCAGCAAAGGAAACAGCCGAAGAAAAUACAGAUAUAGAGGGAGAGGAAAAGGAAAAGGUUGAGGAAGAGGUAGAGGCAAUCGUUGAAGAAGUGGGAAAGGAAAAGGUUGAAGAAGAGGGAGAGGAAAAGGAAAAGGUUGAGGAAGCGGGAGAAGAAAAGGUGGAGGAAGAGGGAAAGGUUGGGGAAGAGGGAGAGGAAAAGGUGGAGGAAGAGAUGGAGGCAAAGGUUGAAGAAGAGGGAAAGGAAAAGGUUGAGGAAAAGGUGGGGGGAGAGGAAAAGGAAAAGGUUGAGGAAGAGGGAAAGGUUGAGGAAGAGGGAGAGGAAAAGGUGGAGGAAGAGAUAGAGGCAAAGGUUGAAGAAGAGGGAAAGGAAAAGGUUGAGGAAAAGGGAGAGGAAAAGGUGGAGGGAGAGGAAAAGGUUGAGGAAGAGGAAGAGGGAAAGGUUGAGGGAGAGGAAAAGGGAGAGGGAAAGGUUGAGGAAGCUGCCCCAGAAAGAGGGGAGGGUGUAGAGCCAGAAAUCGAUGCGGAGGAAGGGGAAGCUGUGGCAGAGCGAGGCCGAGAUGCAGCGGAAGAUCCGUCAGAAGGCGUAUCCAGAGAUGCAGACAGGGAGGAAGAGGCCUUAGGGGAAGAGUGUGGUGAGAGGAAAGCAGCCAAGGGGGGUGAGGAGGGGGAACUAGCACCAACCACUGUGACUAGAUCUCUGAGGAGUGGUGGGAAGACGUCCAAGGCUCCAAAAAGCAGGUCCAGACGAAGCAAGAAGCAGCCAGCCAAAGAGGAAGAGGAGGAGGGACAGAGACAACUCCAGAACCAGAAAGAGGGACCAAAGGAAUCAGCUGAGGAAGCAGAGGAAGAGGAAAAAACAGGGCUGGGGUCAGUCGAAGACCCCCCGACAGAAGGGGAGGAAGCUGUCACAGCAGAAACAGGAGAGCCGUCAGAAGGAACUCUGCCGGUGGCUGAAGAGGAAGCUGCAGAGGAUUCAGUACAAGAAGGAGACACUGACACUUCAUUACCCAAAGCCAGCGUGGACUCAGCUGUACUGCCACCGAGUGGAGAAGAGGGGCAACAGGCAGCCCAGCUCUCGGUAAGCCAUACUGAUGUCCAGGAAGAAGCUGCAGCUGCAGAGGAGGCUCUUCCUGCUGAGGCAGAGGAGGAGCAGAGAGAGGAAGCAGCUAUUGCAGAGGAGGAUGUUCCUGAGGGGACAGAAAACUCUGAGCUGGAGAAGGCGACAGGGGAAGAGGAUAAAGUGGAAGCAGUCCCAACAGCAGACCCAGGGGAGGGCAGAGCUAAUGAAGAGGAGGCUGAAGGUGUUAAGGAUGAGGAGCAGGAAGCUACAGUCCCAGAAACCAGAGCACGCAGGAAGCAGGCAGGCCAAGCCACGCCCAGAAGUAGACUAACAAGAAGCAGACAGGAGAAUGCUGAGGUAGGAAAGGACGCAGCUUCAGAAAGUCAGAAAGAGGAACCGACAGUCCGGGUUCUGAGGAGGGGGAGGAAGCUUAUCCCUGUCACGCAAAGACGUACAACAAAAAGAACCCACCCAGAUGAAGAGGAGGGAGGAGAUGAAUCUGCAGCAGGUGAGGCGAGAGAGGCAGAGGAAGAAGAGGAACAGCAGCAGAUUGUUGAUCAGGAGAAGGAAAAGAGACUUGAUGAAAGGGAUGCAACUGAACGAGUAGAAACUAUGGACGCAGAAAUGAGCCAAGACAAAGAGGAGACUGUGGCAGAGGAAGCUGUCUUACAACAAGAUGCCUCAGAGCAGGGACAGGGCCACGGGACCGGGACAGUUGCAGAUGUGGACACAGAUGUUGGACAGCCUGCUGAUGAGGGGAAGAGCUCGGAUGUUCAAGAAGAAGUAGUCCCAACACAAGAGACAAUGGAGGGGGAACAGUCAACCUCAGCAGUGAUGGGAAGUCCCCAAGAGACCCUAGAGACAGCAGAGGACGACGAGGCAAAAGGUGUGUCUGAGGAGGAGGAAGCACCCGUUACUGAAAGAGGCAAAACCACCAACAUACAAGAGGAAGAGGCAGCUGGAGAGAAAAGCACGGAAGCCGAUGAACCAGUGGUAGGAACAAGAGUUCUGAGGAAGGGUCGGAGGUCUGCUGCUGCCACACCUCAGCGUAAACCCAAAAGAGUCCGCACACAGCCUCAGACAAAGGAAGAGCAAGAGGAAGUAGCUGCUCCUGCUGAAGAGACACAAGCAGAGGAAGCCAAAGCUGAUGAGAAGGAAGACAACAGUGAUGAGAAGACUGAAGAAAGAGAUGGGGAUGAAGCUGCACCAGAGCAGGAAGAAGAAGCUAUAGAGCCAGAGGUUGAGAUGGAAAAAGAAGACACGGUGGCAAAGGAAGAGGACCGGUCUGCUGUUUCUGAGCCAUGUGAAGACAGACAGGGAGAGACGUCCGCUGGGGAAAGAGCUGAAGAGACACCAAAUACAGAUGAGGGAAAGGUUACUGACCAGGAAGAAGCAGAAAGUGUUGAAACAACAGUCCUGAGAAGCGGUAAAAAGACAGGGAGAGCCACAACCAGAAGCAAAACCACAAAAAGGCCAGAGGAAGAGGCAGCUGGAGAGAAAAGCACGGCAGACGGUGAACCAGCGGUAGAAACAAGAGUUCUGAGGAAGGGAAAAAGGUCUGCUGCUGCCACACCUCGGGGUAAAUCCAAAAGAGUCCGCACACAGCCUCAGACAAAGGAAGAGGAAGAAGCUGCUCCUGCUGAAGAGACACAAGCAGAGGAAGCCAAAGCUGAUGAGAAGGAAGACAACAGUGAUGAGAAGACUGAAGAAAGAGAUGGGGAUGAAGCUGCAGCAGAGCAGGAAGAUGAAGAGGCAGGGCAGGAACCACUUGAGGAGAAAGGGGAGGAAGCAGAGGAAGAAGGAAAGAGUAUGGAAAUGGACAAAGACAAAGAAGUGCGAGAGGAAGAGUCUGCUGUAGGAGAUGCAGAGCAGAUGAAGGAAGUAUUGCCUGAAGAAGAGGACAAGAGUGCGGAAGCUGUGGAAGAGAGUUCACCAGCUGAGGUAGAAGAGACAACGUCAGCCGAGGAAGAGGAAACCACCGUCACAGAAGGAUCCCCUGAAGUGGGAGGUGACAGUGGCGUCGCUGGAGAAGAGGAUCUAUCUGUGGCGGCAGAGGAAGAAGCUCCGGCUGUAACAACCAGAGCGCUGCGGAGCAAAACAAAAACUUCAGCCGCCACUCCAUCACGGAGGUCCAGGAGAGGAGCAGUGCAGACGCAGCAGCAGGAAGAGGAAGAUCCUGAGGAAGAAGAAGUGCACCAAUCGACUGGUGACUCACCUCGAAGAUCGGUGCGAAAAAAGCCCCGAGUGGAUUACCGAGAAAACGAUGAUGAAGGAGAGCGAGGCGAGACGGAGGCCACAGCUGACCAGCAGGAAGAGGAUGAAGAGGAGGACAGAGAGGACGAGAAAGCGAAACGUUCUGCAGAGCAGCCGGCAGAGAAGCUGGACAAUCUGAGUUUAGUGUUAGACACAGAUGAGGAGGGGGAGACAGCAGGGUUGAGUCCAGAGGACCAAGAAGAGGAGCAGAAUAUGUCAGAGGAAGAGGCGGAGCCUGUAGUGAUUGGAAAGAGAGUUUUAAGAGGGAGGUCAGUUCCUUCAGUGAUAAUCACCCCCCAGGCUAAGUCCACACGCCGCAGUGCUAGAGUUCAGAAAGCGGAGGAGGAAGAAGAGAAGAGCCCGCGCUCCGCUCAGAAGAGAAGAGCUGAAGGAACACCAGCUCGCAGAUCUCAGCGUUACAGCAGAGUUUAGGAUGCUCUGAAUGCUACGAUCAACAUCCACACAAAAUACAUGUAGUAGUGUGCAGUCACAGAACUGGGAAAUGCAAAAGAAACAACACAUGCUCAUAGUCAAUGUUUAAUGCAAGCUUCGGCAGUGUGCAGGCAGGCUCACAGCGUACACUUACAAACACCUGUGUGUCCUCCAUGUGGACUUAGAGCGAGACCCUUUGAAAUGUUAGUUAGUGAACAUGAACACACGUUUCAGCAUGAACCAUUAACCUGUGACAGAGCCCCCCC